AUGGUGCUGGGAGGUUCGAAAGUUCACAGCGAGAAGAGUCCAAUAGAACAGAUCGACAUGGAGUCUAAACCCGCUCUUCUCGCAGUCUGCUUAGCUGUGGUUUCCGCGCUCAUCACCCAACAUGGACGGGUACCUCCCGGUAUCCCAGAGUCUGUCAUCACGGUGGCUCUCAUCGGUAACAACAUCACUGUACUGCACAACGGCUCGUUCAGUGUGUUUGAAGGCCUGACAUCUCUCGCUCAUCUUGACAUGAGCUUCAACAACUUGGAAACCUCCCAAGCUCAGCUUCCAGAGACCUUGGACUAUCUUGAUCUCAAUCAUAAUAAGAUCAGUAACGGACACACAGCACUGGGUCCUGUUGUCAACCGGCUGGAGAGGCUGGACCUUGCAGACAACCCGUUUUUUUGUGACUGUAACUUACUGUGGUUUGUUGAGUGGGCCAACCAGAAAUACGACAGGGUGCCGAACUUGCACAACCCUUACCCUGACUUUGGUCGAGGCUACAGGUGUUCUUAUCCAGCAAUAUUGCGCGGACGACGUUUGAUAGACGGGCUGAUCCAGAAACAACAAUCUAACGACAGAAAAGAUUCAUCGGAACGUACGUUUUUUGACACAGUCUGUAGUCAUGGAUUUCGGCCAAACCGCCUGCUGGCUUGUGUGCUCGCCUCUUCCGGCAUCUUCGUCGCCAUGAUGACCAUUUUUCUGGUCGACUACAACAUCGAUCGUGUUCAAUACUACUUAUGGAAGUUGCUGAGACCGAAGAUUGGUGAAGUAGAAAACCAAGAGCCGCCCAGAUACACGCACGAUGCUUUUAUUGCCUACAACAACCAGGACCUCAUGUGGGUUGUACAUGAAGCAAUAGAAAAUCUGGAACCUGACUACAGUCUGGUCAUACACGAAAGGGACUUUGCUGUCGGAGCUCCCAUUGUGGAAAACAUCGCGGAUGCCGUGGAAAACAGCCGGAGAACCGUCUGCCUCAUCACCAGGAACUUCCUGAAGAGUAAAUGGUGCGAGUACGAGUUCCAGAUGGCCCAGUACAACAUGUUUGAGGAGGGGGGAGGGAGGCGUCUCAUCCUGUUGUUUCUGGAGAGGAUUCCUGACAGGAUGCUGAAACGGUUCCGCCAUCUGAACGCCGUAAUGAAGAGGGACACGUACCUGACGUGGCCGGACGACGUGCGGAAAAGGCCGCUGUUCUGGAAGCGGCUGCGAGACGCUCUGGGCGAUCCUCUACCCCGGGACCCAGAGCCUCAGCAGCAGGUACAAGAUCCGGAACGGAACAUUCCGGAACAGCAGGUACAAGAUCCGGAAAGGAACACUCCAGAUCGAAAAGAACAGGCACCGGUAAGAAACAUGGUAGAAGUGCAGGUACAUGGCCCCAUGCGGAACGUUCCGGAACAGCAAGAUGAAGUUCUAUUACCAGACCCAAAGGAGCUGUGGUUUGGAGAUGGGGAAGACCGUCCUCUCCUACCACUCUAG